GUGCCCCCACCCCGCCGGGGCGGCUGGGACCGCCGGCCUCGUCCUCCCUGUCCCGGCUGCACCAGGAGGGGAACGUACCUGUGCUCCAAAAGCUUAGUCUUUAAUACUGGCUGUCACUCUGAUAGCSUUAAAGCUGACAAGUGAAAGACACUUGUAGUUUUUUCUAAGGAACUUCAGGCUAGUCGUUGGUUCUGGAAGACAGAUUUUUGCACUUUUCUGAUUUAGAUCAACAGCAUCUUAAAUGCUGACUUAGAGGAAACUUUUGAGUUAGUCAGAAAAACAGCUAUCUGAAUUUCCUUUUUCCUCUCAUAACUCUUGAAGACUCUAAAAUGCUCCUGAGUGUGUAAACGUAGAGCAAACUAUGAGUUCGGACAAAUGCGUAGGUUAUCAUCAGAGUUGAGCAUACAGCUAGAUUGAAUUCCAUCCUUUCACUUUCUCUGCUUAUCAGCAAAUGAGCCUUUGUGGCCCUGUCGAUAGUGUUAACCAGAGGAACACUAAAAAAAAGUAAUAUUGAGAGUUUCAGUAAGGAAUUCAGGCAGAUGAGGAUAUUGAUACAGAAAAUAUCUGAAGUACUGCGGAGGAGAUGGAGCGUACACCCCACAAUAGGAAUGUAUUUGUCCAUCUUAUCACACAUGGCAUCCUUCUUGGUUAGCAUUCUGUCUACUUUUUAUUCAUUCCUUAUUCUUCUGCUGGGAUUCCCUUUCUCUCUCAAAAGGCAGCGAUGAAACCUCAAACAAGCAAGAGGACCCUGGUGACAAAAAGGGCAGAUGUGCAUAUGGUUUGAAGUCAUCUGAGCAUUUUUUUAGCAUUAGUGUUUCUUGGCAGAGGAAAUUUGGGUAUUUUGUCUAGGGUGUGUAACACUUUCCAAAUCUUUUUUUGAACCACAGAGAUGCAGCAUGACGAAAAUGUGACCCAGCGUUUUGUUGCAGUCUGCUCUUUGCUGCUAUUGAAAAUAAAAAGUAUUGAAUUUGGAAAUGCCAGAGGAAGGCAGUGAAGAUCCAACCUGGGAAAUGUCAGUUGCCUGAGUGGGCCCAAGGCAGAUUUGACAGAUGUGAAAAGUUUUCUUUGAGCCCUAACUUGGGAUGUUUUUUUUCCCGAGGACAGUUGGUUUCUUCCUGCGCUAGUUGUUUGCACGCAGUUCCCUCUUGGCAGUUACCUGCUGCCUUGCUUUGACUCGCUGUGUCCAGCCAUUGCUUAAAGAAGUGAUUCACCUUAACAACUGGAACCUUUUUACCCAGAUGAACCUCGUUUCCAUAAUAACAUCAAAAUAGUGAUGUCAGUGCAACAAAAAGCAAAAGUGUUGUUAGAACAAGCUUGGAUAAGUAAACUACAGUUCCUGUAAGAAAAUCCUGAGUUCCUUUUUCAGACAGUAAUCUAGAAAGGUACUCAUUAAUGAGUGAAGGAUCAAAAGGUGAGACGGUGGCCAAGAAGCAAUGGAGAAUAAAAGUUUAGAAGGUUCCCCAUCAGACCUAAAGUUAGUGGCUCACCCGAGAGCAAAGAGUAAAGUGUGGAAGUACUUUGGGUUUGAUACCAAUGCGGAAGGAUGCAUAUUACAGUGGAAGAAGAUCUACUGCCGUAUUUGCAUGGCACAGAUUGCCUAUUCAGGAAACACGUCCAACCUUUCCUACCACCUUGAGAAAAAUCACCCCGAUGAAUUCUGUGAGUUUGUGAAAAGUAACACUGAGCAAAUGAGGGAAGCCUUUGCCACAGCAUUUUCAAAAAUCAAGCCAGAGUCAUCGCAGCAGGUUGUUCAAGAUAGCCUCAUCAUGAAGACCUACCAGAGCUACGAAAACAAAAAACAUCAGGAACUGACAUCUGCAGUAAUCAGCUUAAUUUGCGAGGGCAUGUAUCCAGCCUCCAUCGUUGAUGAACCUACGUUCAAGGCCCUCUUGAGAACAGCAGACCCCAGGUAUGAACUUCCGAGCCGGAAGUAUUUCUGUACAAAAGCGAUUCCUGAAAAGUACAGUGCUAUUAGAGAAAUUGUACUGAAGGAGCUCACUGAAGUUCUGUGGUGUGGUAUAUCCACGGACAUGUGGAGAAGCGAAAACCAGAACAGGUCUUAUGUAACCGUGGCAGUUCACUUUCUCAGCAACAGUCCUGCCAAUUGCCUGGUUGUGAACUCACGGUGUUUGAAAACGUUCGAGGUACCGGAGGAUAACACUGCAGAGACCAUUACACGAGUCCUUUAUGAAACAUUCAUUGAGUGGGGGAUCAAUACGAAAGUCUUUGGUGCUACUACAGAUUAUAGUAAAGACAUUGUGAAAGCUUGCUCUCUUCUAGAUAUCCCYGUACAGAUGCCUUGUUUGGGGCACACUUUUAACGCAGGAAUACAACAAGCUUUUCAGCUCCCCAAACUCUGCAACCUUCUUGCCAGGUGCCGAAAGCUAGUGGAGUAUUUUCAGCAGUCUACGGUCGCAAUGUACAUGCUGAGCGAGAAGCAGAAACAGCAGAAUAUUCUCCACUGCAUGCUGGUAAGCGACCGUGUUUCCUGGUGGGGAAGCACGCUYGCUAUGCUGCAGCGCCUCAAGGAGCAGCAGUUUGUCAUUGUGGCUGUUCUCGUAGAGGACAGUAACAACCACCACCUCAUGCUGGAAUCCAGUGAGUGGAAUACAAUCGAAGGGCUGGUGGAGCUGCUCCAGCCUUUCAAGCAGGUUGCAGAGAUGAUGUCUGCUUCAAAGUACCCAACGAUAAGUAUGGUGAAGCCACUUCUCCACAUGCUUUUGAAUACUACUCUGAACAUCAAAGAGAAYGAUUUGAAAGAAAUCAGCAUGGCAAAGGAGGUGAUUGCUAAAGAGUUGUCAUCCACCUACCAGCGCACACCUGAGAUAGACAUGUUUCUCAAUGUUGCAACUUUCUUGGAUCCCCGCUACAAGAAACUUCCUUUUCUUUCAGCCUUUGAGAGGCAGCAGGUGGAAAACAGAGUGGUGGAAGAAGCAAAAAGCCUGCUGGAGAAAGUAAAAGAAAAUAGCUUUAGAACUGAGGAGAAAUUCUUCACUGUUUCAGAAGAGCCCCCUAUGAAAAAAAUCAUCAUCUCCUCUACUCCUCCUCCUACCAGUGUCAUCAACAACAUGCUCGCAGAGAUCUUUUGCCAGACGGGAGGCGUGGAAGACCAGGAGGAAUGGCAUGCUCAGAUCGUUGAGGAGUUGAGCAACUUCAAGUCACAAAAGGUCCUUGGUUUGAACGAAGACCCRUUGAAAUGGUGGUCUGACAGACUAGCUCUGUUUCCAGUUUUACCAAAGGUUCUUCAGAAAUACUGGUGUAUUCUGGCCACGAGGGUCUUCCCUGAACGUCUUUUUGGUUCUUCUGCUAAUGUUGUGAGUGCAAAGAGAAACCGGUUAGCCCCGGCUCAUGUGGAUGAGCAGAUCUUUUUGUACGAAAACAGUCGCAAUGGGUCUGAGGCAGAACCAGAGGACGAAGAUGAAGGAGAGUGGGGUUUGGAACAGGAACAGAUUUUUAAUUUAAAUGACUCAGUAAACAUAAACAACAAUUUCUUUAAUAUUCGAGACAGUGGGUUUGUUUAACAGGACUGCUGCGGUACAUUUAAUAACAAAGAAAAAAAGGUAUUUGUCUUAAGUUACCAAAAAUUCUUCUGUUUAUGCUAUGAAUGCUGUAAAUAUUGAACAGUUGUAACAAACUUGAUUUAGCUUCCAUUGUCUGUGUUUUUCCCAGYGUCUUAAAACAUGAAUUACUUGUGAUUAAACAGCACUGAAAUGAAUGAGGAAAUAAAUUCUACAAAGACCGUCAUUUCUGACUGUGGCCCAGAUUCCAGAAAGCACUUACCCAUGUGCUUCCUUUCCGCUUGCUUCAGUGGGAGACAAACACAUGCUUAUGUGCUUUCUAUCAUAAAAUAAUUUUCCUGAGUUAGGACCUUGAGGAAAUUUUAAAAUUUAUGCCUGCAUUUGUAAMUCCUGUGUGACUCAGGAUGCUAGCUUUAAAUUUUGGAUUUUAAAACAUUUUUAAAAUCCAUGAAUCUGAGCAUUGAAUAUUUUUAGAAUAUAUUGUUGCUAUGGAAUGAAAAAAGAUCUUGAGCCUGAUCUUCACUACCUCAUGUCUUAGGUCUGGUCUAUGCUAGAAAAGUUCAGCUGGUAUAAUUCUGUUGGUAAGGGGACUGGUGUGUUAUUUUAACUGAUACUGUGCUGGCAUAGGCUGGAGUGUGGAUGCAUUUAUACCAGGAUAAUUUAUUUUCCUUUCCAGUGCAGUGUAAAUGGUAUAAAGACUUUUAAACUGGUAUUGCUCUGUCCACAUUAGUCCAGUUUUACCAUUUAAAUGCCGCUAAAUGGCAAAGUUAGGUUUUUGUUUGUUUUGCUUUGUGUCUAAGCAAGCCCUGAUUGUAGUCUCUUGUGCUUUUGCAAAGUGGUAACCAAGUGUGGGAUCAAAGCAGUGUUGCAUUACCUUCACCUUGUACUGAUGCCGUGGCUGGUGCCACAUGGUGCUUAGCAGGCAAGGCAUCAGCCCUUUGGUAAYGGAGGGAGGGAGAGAGGGCAGAGAGACAUCUACAGGCCACGGGUCUAACGGUUUGUCUGUGUUACAAAAUCCUUAACCUCUUAAUUUAAUGGGGACUUUGCCCCGGRUAGCUAGAAACAUUUAUUGGCAAGGAAAGCAAAAUAAAAAGCUUUAAUAUUAUGUAAAUAUAUUUAAAAGAAGGGGACCACUCUAUUUCCUCACGUGUAUUUAGUGAGUCUUCAAAAUUGUUUUUUAUUAUGUUAGCACUUAAAAACUCUUUUUUUUCUCUUUUUGAUUCUGUUUGUAGAGUGGACUUUAGUCCCAUCUAGUCUAAUGUUUGAGUACUGUUUCUAAUUAGCUGUGUAUUGUAAUUGCUCCCUUUGUGUCUCUAAGCRUGUUUUAAGCCCUUUUGAGAACUUGACAAACAAGAAAAAAGAAAGGAAACAAACCUGAGACCUUCCAUCUCUUAUGAAAUACUACAGGUCAUAAACAUGAUUAGAGUUCAUGCUAGACACAAAGUAGGAUGCACCAGCAUUUUUCUCAGAUGUGCAGUGGAGGACUCUUGGCAUUUUCCAGUUAUUUACAAUCAAGGUUUGCUUGGGGUUUUAUUUCUGUUUCUGGUGUCUCACCCACCCCCACCUCAGUGUUAGUCUACAACUAUGUUGAGCAAUAUCUGUCUGUUACUGUUCUGGAGGAAGAAAGUUGGUGUUUUUUUCAUCGUGGUGGCACUCAAGGACAUUGUGUUUUAAAAAGGGYGCAGACAGCAGGAACAUCAACAAAUGAGAAUGGCAGUGGAACUGAAUCUAUUGCCGAACUGUUUAUGGUUUGGUUUAAUACUUCUUGGAAGUUUGAGGCCUCUGUGUUCUUCAUAGGUGGUGGGAAUGGGUGGGUGRGUGAGGAGGGACAGCGGUUCCAAUGAAGGAAGAGUGAAUUAAGCAGUCACAAACUACCUGGCAUGUUUGAGCCCAGGAAAAAUGCAGUUAGCAGGUGGUGUGGCCUGUGUUGGCUUUUAGUAAGCCUGGGGUUUCACUUUCCAGCCCCUGGAAAACUGAUUUGUACUUGUACAAAGUACACACACUGUGCAUCCUGUUAAAUGUUGCUAUUCUCCAUGUCCACUGAAGAGGUGUAUGUGAUUGCUUAAGGUGCAAAAUGCAGGCUUGGCCUAAAAUCCCACAGACAUGUAGGCUCUGUGUGAGGACAGCAAAAUCAAGGAAUGGAGGGGAGCGAGAUACCUGAGCUCCUGUGACACCCCCACAGUCUGCCUGGAAGACCUCUUGGUUUUUAUGACCAUCAGUUGCAGCAGCUGUUAGCACCACUGCAAGCCCUCCCUCCAGGAGCUGCACAAAUGCUGGU